CACCCGGUGUUAUUACAUUCUCUAGCUACCAGAGCACCUUCUACACUUCCCAUUUAGCCGACGAUUCGAAUACUACUAGCUCCGACCAGUGCUAUAGGAAAGGAAUGUCAGCUUGGACAUUUGAAUUCACAAUCGAUACUCAUCGAUUGCUUGAAAUUGUGCCUAUUCCACACCGAAUGAACAGGGAACUGCAAGAAAUAUGGGCUAAGAACGAUGAAGCCAAAGGUGUGAUACGCCUUCACCGCGGUACUAAGAACAAAGUGUACCCAAUACGAUUAGGACAUGUCUUUAACAGUCCUGGGAAGUUCGAGAGUUUUUUAGGUGGAGGCUGGAGUCAGUUUGUCACCUCUAACAAGUUACGCAUUCUCGACCACAUUGAGUUACUUUUAGAGGACGAGGAGGAAAUGCUAUAUAGGGUUAGGAUUUGGCGUUCCAGAAAAGAAUUUACAGUUGUAGAUCCUCGUGUAAUCAUAGAGAUUGACGGUAUAAUUACUGAAGCCGACGCAUCAGAGUUUGUGCCCACGGAGGUUUUUUUUAAGCCUCCGUCCUUCAAAUUCACAUUCACCAAAGGUUACAUCGACAAACCUAGUAUCAACAUUCCGGUACCAUUUUCCCGAGAACAUUUCCAAGGUCUUAAAAAUCCCACUGUUGUUGAACUGUAUGUCCAUCAGAAAUGGCAUGCAACAAUGCGAUUUAAGUUUGACAAGAAGAAGAUUGUAGCUUGCACCAUCCGUAAAGGAGUUCCGGAAAUGGUAGCUGGUGAAGAGAUUGAACUCGGUGAAAAGAUUCUUGUUGAAUUAGAAGGUCUGGAACCACCGCAAUUCAACAUUUCAUUCACAUGAGUAUUUCAAGUUAGAUAGCAAAUUGAUGUUGUUGCGGUUUGGGGCCAUUACUUGUCUAGUUGCAAUUAUAUGACUAAGGAUCACUGACUUUUUGUUGUCUAUUUUGAAUUCAUGAUCCUAGGACAAGUUAUCAUUAGUAUUUAGUAACUCUAACUCUAAUUAGUACUUGUAUAGUUGCAAUUAUAUGACUCUAUGGAUCAUUGAAUUUUGAUUUUGUAAUUUGAAUACAUGAUCCUUGGACUCAUGUUAU